GCAAUAAACCACAAAUCGUCGUCCUAUUCCUGUCUCCGUUCUCGGAGCUUGGAUCUCGGAUCGUCUCACGGGAAUUUUAGGGCAGCGAUUCCUUCCGCUCUCCGUUCAUCCUUGACAAUUAGAAUUCAAAGAGACUUUUAUGAAGAAAGUGGAUAAACUGUAAACAUAUUAGAGGGGCAAUGGGAAAUGGGAAAAACCAUGUAUGAAGCAACAAAAAUGGAAGAAGGCACAGGAAGCUUUAGAACCUGACUAAGAAUAUUGUUCCCCAAAGGAGCAGAAGAUCUUGGAGUUACUAUUAGCUGCUUGAGAGAUCUGCUGACUAUAUACUUUUGGCAAGAUUAAUGUAGGUCAUUUCAGCUGUGAUACUAAUAACUAGAGACCUGUUACGUCCAAAUUCAAAACUUUACCAAAGGCACUAAUAAUCACCCAUGGCUGCUUUACCGCUGGCAACUGCAGAAGCAUGUGAUGCUAAUCAACAUUUGAUCUCAAGUGGAGAUCUCCGUGCCCUCCAACCUAUUUUUCAAAUUUAUGGCCGCAGGCAAGUCUUCUCUGGACCAAUUGUCACUCUCAAGGUCUUUGAGGACAAUGUUCUUGUACGUGAAUUCCUCGAGGAAAGAGGCAAUGGUAGAGUUUUAGUUGUUGAUGGUGGUGCCAGCAUGCGCUGUGCGAUACUAGGAGGCAACCCAGUUCAACAAGCCCAGAACAAUGGAUGGGCAGGCAUCAUCAUCAAUGGUUGCAUCAGAGAUGUUGACGAGAUCAAUGGUUGUGAUAUCGGAGUGAGAGCAUUGGCUUCACAUCCGAUGAAGGCUUAUAAGAAGGGAAUUGGAGAAAAACAUGUCCCAGUUCACAUUGCCGGAACAAGAAUUUGUGAUGGUGAGUGGCUCUACGCGGAUACUGAUGGCAUUUUGAUCUCUCAAUCCGAACUAUCCGUCUGAACAGCAACUUAUGUGUUUGUACUUAAAACAACCAUCAUAAAAAUCUAAUACUAGUAAUAAAGCAUUUGUACUGUUUCGACAUUGUACUCAAGCAUGAAUUGUAUGUUCGACAUUGUAUCA